AUGUGGGAAAAGUGGGCACUUGGCAUUAUUCGUGGAAAAGUAAAUUGGCUGAUGCGAAAUCCUCGUGAUGUCCCUUUGAAAUCAGUCUAUCCUCUGGAUUCUCAAGAUUCUUGCUGCUGCCAUUCUGUGCUGGUUCCUCAGCACAUCCUACCUAGAUUUCGGGUGGCCCACAGUAUGGAGCCACUGGCAAAGAAGAUUUUUAAAGGAAUUUUAGUAGCUGGAGUUAUGGGCAUUUUUGGAGCUUAUUUUUUGUUUAAUAAAAUGAACACGAGCCAAGAUUUCAGGCAAACAAUGAGUAAGAAAUUUCCCUUCAUCUUAGAAGUUUAUUACAAAUUCCUUGUACAUUCUGGAAUGUAUGGAAUCAGACAGCAAGAUCAAGAAAAGUGGAUGAACAGCAAAAAUUAG